AUGACAGAUGUUUUCUCUAUUUUUAAGAAAAAAGCAAAUAAAAGAACACAAUUAAGAAAACCGUCUAAUACAAAAAAAAUAAAAAAAAAUAAUAUUUUUAUGAAUGAAAAAUCAAGAAGAAAAGCAUAUGCAUCAAAUAAUACAAGUUUAAAUUAUUAUGAUAAUAAAAAUAUAAAUAACAAUACUGCAAGUGAAUAUAAUUAUAUAAAUAAUGAUAAAACAAAUAAUAAAGAAUCUAAUAUUGUGUUAGUAGAUUUUCCUAAAUUACCAAUCAAAAAUAUAGAAUCAUGUGAAGAUGUCUAUAACAUAUUUUAUAUUCGUGAUCAAUAUUUAAUUGGAAAUAAAGAUAUAACAAUAAAUAAUGAACAUUUAAUUUUAUUAGAAACUAUUUUAGAUAAAUUAGAUGCAGCUAUAAAUGAAAUGAAUACUGAUGAAAUCUAUUCUAAAAAAAAAGUAUUAUCAAGUGUAUAUGAAAAAAUAUAUAAUCUAUAUACUAGCUUUAAAAAUAUCAAAAAUGUUUUUCCACAACUGUCAAAUGCAUAUGAUUGUUUUAGAAGUAAUAUCGUAUUUAUACAAGGAAAGCAAUUUAAAAAAAAUUAUGUAUAUGAUAAUAUAAUUAAUAUAUAUACACAUUUACAAAAUAGUGAAUUACAACAAGAUAAUAUUGAAACAAUAAGUGAAACAUUAUAUAUAAAUGACAAACCUUUGUCAACAGCAUCUUUUGUUAAUAAAAAUAUGGUUCCUCAAAAUGAAUAUAUAGAAUAUCUUCCUAUGAAAUUUAAUCCUCAUUUUUUAGAAUUAAAUAAAAUUUCUAUCAAUUAUUUAUUUGAAGAAUCUAUAAAUCAUAUUAUUUGGCAAAAAGCAUUAGAUGAAUUAAUAGUUGUUAAAGCUUUGGCUGAUAUUCCAUAUUUCGACUUAUCCGAAGUUGAAGGUUUUGAUUUUAAAAAAAUGAAAUCUGGACAAAGACAAUGGUAUCCUUUAUAUAUUGCUAAAGAAUUAAGUAAAGAAGGAUUAGCUACUGUUGAAUUUCCUUUUUGGUUUUAUCUUGAUAAUUUAAAAAAUAUUUAUAAAAAAGAAUUUGAAGAUUUGCAUGAACUUACUGAUCUUCCUAGCCCUUUUUUUUUUGAAAUAUCUUCCAUGUUUUUGGAAAAUAAUUCUUUUAAAAAUUCUACUCCUAUUGAGAGCAUUGGCCAACGAGCUCCUUACAAAUACAUUCUUAAGGUGGCAGCUCAUAUAAUACAUGAAAAUUUACGGCUAGAAAAAGUAAGAAUAAUAAUGUUUCUCUUUUUUUAUCAUAGGAUAAUUUUCAAAAUAGGAAAAAACUUAUGCAUUUGCCACACAUAUAUGUGCUUAUGUAUAGACAAACAUUUUUCAUUUAGGUGGGCUUAA